UUUUUAUUUUUUUACCGUUUGCAGUACAAUGUCCAGCAAUAGACAACACUUUGCGAUUUGGAUUUGGAGGGAGGAAGUGGAAAAUCCUAUUCAAACCCUUUCUCUUUUCAUCUGCUUUUCUUAUACCCUAUUCAAACCCUUUCGUCUUCCUUCCCUCCUCACAAUCAUGGUGGUUCAUUCCGAUCCUAAGCUCUCUUCUCCUAAUGCCGCCCCUGUACGUAGGACUAGUGAACGCAUAAAGAAAAUGGAAGCUAAAACUUCCAUUCCUCAAAAGAGGACACCCUCCGCUUCCAAUCCUCAGAUCCUCAAAAAAACAAAGCUUCCUCACAUUCAUAAUCCCCAAAUAAAUCCAGAGCCUCUCCAUGUCGCUGAUAAUCUCGCCCUCUCUGCUGAAAGGAAUGUUUAUACAAUGGUGACCGAGACACUCCGCACAUUCAAUAAACACUACCUCCAUUUUAUCCAGGCAGAAGAGAAGAGAUGUGCCAACGAGGAAGCUGACCGAGAAACAAAACCGAAAAAUUGUUCAAAUUCCAAGAAAGAGGAAAUACUUGAGGAUUAUACUAAAAAGUCUUCCAAGAGACCUGAUCUGAAGGCUAUAUCCGAGAUGAUGAAGCUUAAUGCAACAUUGUACACUGAGAAAAGAAUUGGUCAUAUUCCAGGUAUUGAUGUGGGUCAUCAGUUUUUUUCACGGGCUGAGAUGGUUGUAGUGGGCUUCCAUCAACACUGGUUGAAUGGAAUUGAUUUUAUUGGGCAAACUGCCAGCAAAUCAAGGAAAAAAGGGGGUUUGGAAGGCUACAAACUUCCAAUUACAGUAUCCAUUGUUUUGUCUGGCCAGUAUGAGGAUGAUUUAGAUAAUUGUGAUGAAAUUGUGUAUACGGGCCAAGGCGGAAACAACUUGCUUGGUGAUAAACGUCAAAUUAGUGAUCAAGAAAUGAAACGAGGCAAUUUGGGACUUAAGAACUGUAUGGAGCAAUCUGUGCCUGUUAGAGUAGUUCGUGGACAUAAAUGUCAAAAUAGCUAUGUUGGGAAAGUUUAUACCUAUGAUGGCUUGUACAAGGUUGUGAAUUACUGGGCUGAAAAAGGUGUCUCUGGAUUCACAGUUUAUAAAUUUCGGUUGAGGCGGCUUGAGGGACAGCCACCAUUAACAACAGAUCAGGUUCACUUUACUCGAGGUCGUAUUCCUAAAUCAAUAUCAGAAAUACGAGGGUUGGUGUUUGAAGAUAUAACUGGAGGUCUAGAAGAUAUUCCCAUCCCUGUUACUAAUUUGGUUGAUGAUCCACCCAUUUCACCACCAGGUUUUGUCUACAUCAAGGAUAUAAAAUUCAGUAAAAACAUAAAGGCCCCUGCAAUUGCUCCUGUGGGAUGCAACUGUCAAGGUGCAUGUGUGGAUCCAAGAAGUUGUGCGUGUGCAAAACUCAAUGGAGGUGAUUUCCCGUAUGUGCAGCGUGAUGGUGGAAGGCUAGUUGAACCAAAGGCAGUUGUGUUUGAAUGUGGUCCAAAUUGUGGAUGUGGACCUAAAUGCGUCAAUAGGACUUCUCAAAGAGGGCCUAGGUACCGCUUGGAGGUCUUUCGUACCCCAAAGAAGGGGUGGGGUGUAAGAUCUUGGGACUACAUACCUUCUGGGGCGCCUGUUUGUGAAUACAUUGGUCUUCUUAAGCGAACUGAAGAUUUAGACCCUGCUGCUGAUAAUACCUAUGUGUUUGACAUUGACUGCUUGCAGACAAUGAAGGGACUGGAUGGAAGAGAGAGUCGAUUGCGGGAUGUGUCUCUGCCUUCCUACUUGCACAAGGUUGAUGAAGAGGUCUCAGAAAGUGUGCCAUUCUGCAUUGAUGCAGGACAUACCGGUAACAUCGCUAGGUUCAUCAACCACAGCUGUCAACCGAAUUUAUUUGUCCAGUGUAUGCUGAGCAGUCACCAUGACAUCAAACUCGCACGGGUGAUACUAGUUGCUGCUGAUAAUAUACCACCACUUAAGGAGCUUACGUAUGAUUAUGGUUAUGCCCUUGAUAGCGUGAUGGGACCUGAUGGGAAGAUACGGCAGAUGGCUUGUUUUUGUGGUGCACAGGAAUGUAGGAAACGGCUGUAUUAGCUAGCUGCGUUCAUUGCAACUGUAGAUGUGCUAUUCAAUAAUUGUGAUAUAAUUAUUGGUUGAUGAUGAGGAGGAAUAUGUGGUAGCUGCAAAUUCAAACUUUUGACAGACAUUGAUCACCUGUAUAUUUCGGGAAGCAAGUUGUCUUGUUUUCAUGAAAUGUCAAUAUACGAAUGACAUACAAUGUCUAUAGUGGGAGUUGAUCGAUGAGGCAUUGCCAAGGAGUAGAUGUUGGUUAUGGAUGCUUGAA